CGGCCGAAGGUGGAAUGUGGUGACGUUGUGGAAGCUCGGACAGUUGGCGGCGGUUCCUUUGUUGUCGGUAACGGCGGCGACGCGAGCGGGUGAAGAGGGAGCGCGCGAGAUGAACGUGGACCGGAUCGAGCUGUGCGACAGUCUGCUGACAUGGAUUCAGACAUUUGGUCUGCAGGUGCCAUGCAAGAAAAUAGACGAUUUGACAAGUGGCGUUGUGAUGGCACAGGUUCUACAGAAAAUAGAUCAGGCAUGGUUUGAUGAUACCUGGAUAAAUCGUAUCAAGUCAGAAGUCGGGGAUAACUGGCGACUAAAGGUUAGCAAUUUGAAGAAAAUUUUAAAAGGCAUACUGGAUUACUAUCAUGAGGUGCUGGGGCAGCAAAUUACUGAUUUCCCAUUGCCAGAUGUUAAUUUGAUAGGAGAACACUCAGAUGCAGCAGAACUUGGACGAAUGUUACAACUUAUUCUUGGCUGUGCUGUCAACUGUGAGCAGAAACAAGAACAAAUACAAACAAUCAUGGUGAUGGAAGAAUCUGUUCAGCACGUUGUCAUGGCAGCCAUUCAGGAGCUCAUGAGUAAAGAAACACCAGCAUCAAUUGGGAAUGAUGCAUACCUGGAUCUUGAUCGCCAGUUAAAGAAAACAACUGAAGAGCUCAAUGAAGCAUUGGCAGCAAAGGAGGAGAUUUCACAAAGAUGCCAUGAACUGGAUAUGCAGGUUGCAGCUCUGCAAGAAGAAAAAGGUAGUUUAUUAGUAGAAAAUCAGACCCUUAUGGAGCGACUCAAUCAGUCUGAUUCUAUUGAAGAUCCCAACAGCCCAGCAGGACGUAGACACCUCCAACUGCAAUCGCAGUUGGAACAACUUCAGGAAGAGACUUUCAGGCUGGAAGCUGCAAAAGAUGAUUAUAGGAUUCGAUGUGAGGAACUGGAGAAAGAACUUCUAGAACUACGACAGCAGAAUGAAGAACUUACGAGCCUUGCAGAGGAAGCCCAAUCUUUAAAGGAUGAAAUGGAUGUCCUGAGGCAUUCUUCUGAUAAAGUGGGUAAAUUGGAAGGCAUGGUGGAAUCAUAUAAAAAGAAGCUAGAAGAUCUGGGUGACUUGCGCCGGCAGGUGAAGCUCCUUGAAGAGAAGAAUACUAUGUACAUGCAGAACACAGUCAGUCUGGAGGAGGAGCUACGGAAAGCAAAUGCUGCACGAGCUCAACUGGAAACAUACAAGAGACAGGUUGUGGAGCUUCAAAGUAGGUUGUGUGAAGAGUCAAAAAAAGCAGACAAAAUGGAGUUUGAAUAUAAAAGAUUGAAAGAGAAAGUGGAUACCCAACAGAAAGAAAAAGAGAGAUUAAGAACAGAGAGAGAUUCUUUAAAGGAGACAAUUGAAGAACUGCGAUGUGUUCAAGUACAUCAAGGCCAACUCACUGCAGGACUUAUUCCAAUGAACAGUCAAGAGGCAUCAGAUAGUUUAGCAGCAGAAAUAAUAACCCCUGAAAUCAAGGAAAAACUUAUCCGAUUGCAACAUGAAAACAAAAUCCUGAAGUUGAAUCAAGAGGGAUCAGAUAAUGAAAAAAUAGCUUUACUGCAAAGUUUACUGGAGGAUGCCAAUAGAAGGGAGAGCGAACUAGAGACAGAGAACAGGCUAGCCAACCAGAGGAUAUUGGAAAUACAGUCACAGGUUGAAGAACUUCAGAAGGCAUUACAAGAUCAGGGCUCGAGGGCUGAGGAUGCUAUUUCAAUUCUUCUGAAAAAGAAACUGGAAGAACAUUUGGAGAAGCUACAUGAAGCUCAUACGGAGCUUCAGAAGAAACGAGCCUAUAUUGAUGACUUGGAACCAAAAUACAAUAACAGCUCUCAAAAGAUUGAAGAACUUCAGGAAGCCCUAAGAAAGAAGGAUGAAGAUAUGAAACAAAUGGAGGACAGAUAUAAAAAGUACCUAGAAAAAGCAAAGAGUGUUAUCAGAACGUUGGACCCUAAGCAGAACCAAGGAGCAGCCCCGGAAGUUCAGUCUUUGAAAAAUCAGCUGCAAGAAAAGGAAAGAAUGUUACAUUCCUUAUCGAAAGAAUAUGAGAAGACAAAGAUUCAGAGAGAACAUGAAGAGAAGUUAAUUGUCAGUGCUUGGUAUAACAUGGGUAUGGCACUUCACAAGAAAGCAGCAGAAGAAAGACUUACAAGCACUGGUUCAGGACAGUCCUUCCUAGCUAGACAGAGACAGGCAACAAGCGCACGGCGACCAUACCCUGGACAUGUUCAACCAGCUACAGCAAGGUAGAAGGUAAAACCAAUGGCUUAUGCACAAAUCAUAUGCCGCACCAUUUAACCCAACAUCUUCAGCUACUUCUAAACUUCUGUUCACUUUCAGUUUAUAAAACUUUUGAGCUAAUAUUUGUACUAAAUUUGUUUAUUUUAUCCAUGUGAUAUUUUAUGCCACAAUUGUAAUAUAAAAUGAUCAAUGGAAUAAUGUGAAUGUUUCAUGUUCUCAUAAGGAUAAUUUAUUCAGAAAUGAUUGAGAAUACUUUUCUGUUUAACUUUAUUUCCACAUUUGUAACCUGACUUUGUCAGUAUAAAUGUUCAUCCUUUUAUUGACAUUUGAAAUAUUUACCUUAAAAUGAAGAGACUGUUAACUUUGUUGUUCUGUAAGGUAGGAAUUCAAAAUAAAGUAGGAUGGUCAAGACAGGGAACAUAUGAUCUGUGAUGGAAUCAUACAUACCCUUUACUUGUUAUUAGCAUGACUGAUUAAAUGGCCUUUUCUCAUUCUUACAACUUUGUCAUGUUUAUGUUGUGGUAAGCCUAUUAUGUAGAGAUGAAGCAAAUAAUACAUUUUUUAACAAUAAAUGAAUGCAAUAACUAACUAGCUCAUAUGGUUAGCAAGUUGUCCGUUCCAACUCUAGACUCCAUGUCUUCCCAAAAUGAAAACGUUAGUCAUACUUGACCCAGCUCUUUUACGUUGUGUUAACAGAUCAGCACACCUACAAUUCAUCAGUAAACUGAUGUUCUCAUCAGUGUGAUUGAGAAGAGCUGGGGUGGGAAAUAGUUACAUUUCCACUAGUCUAAGGAUGUUAUCAGACAAAAUAUCCUUUCCAGAGUAAAAUGAACAACUUUAUUAUUUAUUAAAACUGAAGACUAUUGAUACUUCUCAACAUUGAUGUAUUUUGCAUUGAUAUUGACUUAACAGAUUUAAAGUAUUAGUUCAAUUGUUCUUGUUUUUAAAUUGACAAUGUUAAAGUACACAUAAUUAGUCAUGGUACCUUUCUGGUACCUCAUGGGAAGGUCUGUAGUCUUUAACAUUUUUAACUUGUUAAAUAUCAAUGAUCACUUUCCCAUUUUGAACCUAUGACAAGUGCCAGGAAGCAGAGAAGGGCAAAGUUGCUCUAAAUAGCAAAUCCAUGCUUCUACUGAAGGAUUAACAUUUAUGAUGCAUCUAUUAGCUCAUUAUAAUAUUAAUCAACCAUGGAUUAUUCAAAGUUAAUUUAUUGAAAAGAAUAAUUGAAAACCAGACUCAACUUUCAUGAUAAACAAUGUGUGAAAAUUACCACAUUGAAAUUGUUUCUUAUUGUGCUGUACAGCACCAUUUAGCCUUUCCUUUAGGUGUGAUAACAUUCUCAGUCUGUCAAAAAAUUAUGAAACCAUUGCAGCACUUCAGAAUAAACCAUCUGGUUCCAGAAGAUGUUCUGCCAUUUAGUCAGUUCAUCUCCAUAUCUUGCCUUUCACCUCUGCCUUUUCGUUAGAAUCUUUCAAUCUUUGAUCUGAUGUUUUCAAUUGAUCAAAUCAGAACAAUGUUUUUGCAGAGAUCUGUAUUUCAAGUAUCCUGAAUGUAAUGUAGUGUUGGCAGGGAUCACGAAUUACUGUUCAGCUCUAAACAUUGAAAGGAUUCUUUGUCAAACAAUUGAUAACUAAUUCCUGGAAAAGUUUACAGUUUAAAAUAUCUCUCUCAUUUUAAUCAACCCUUGAAUACCAUUUUCUUUUGCAUUUUCUAUCAUCUGUGGUUUCUAUCAUGAGAAAAGAUCUUUGGAACAGCAGCAAUCAAAUCUAUUACAUGGCCCAUUACAGUUCUGUUUGAAACAAGCAACAUUUUUUGAUGUUCUACCAUGCCUGGUUGUUCUGAAUAUUAGCAUUAUUUAAAAGAACUUCUACUUGUACCUAUUAAAAUCAUUUGUAUUCAUCUA